AUGGCACCAUCCGCGGCGAACCCGACGGCUCCGGCCACUAACGGACAGUCCGCCGCCCCCGCCGACGAUGUCCCGAUAGGACCUGUCACCGGCCUGUCUGGGAUGGCCACCCAGUACAUCUCGGAGCAGACACUACAACAGAGGCUCAAGGCCAUAGCGUACGAAGAGGCAAAGGACGACCAUUAUAGGAUAAGAGGCGUCCAAUUGAUUGACAACACAUUCGAUACCGCAGCGAUAUACUACCACCGAUUUCGGAUCAGGUUUCCAAGUAGCGAAUACAACUAUGAAGAUGUUGCACUUGCCGCUUUGUUUGUGGCCUGCAAGUCUGAGGAUACCAUCAAAAAGUCACGAGAUAUUCUCUGCGCUGCCCAUAACCUACGGUCACCCCACGACAAGAAGACACCCGAUGACAAGCAAUUUGACGCCCCCUCCAAGUUCACGAUAGGACUUGAACGCCACAUUCUCGAAACCAUCGGCUUCGACUUUCGAGCGCCAUACCCGCAGAAGUUGUUGAUCAAGAUGGCCAAGAAGCUGGUACCGGAAGGGGAGCGCAACAUGAAGUUUCCACGGGGAGAAUGGAGCACGCUCACUUCAUCGGAAAAACUACUACAUACGGCCUACGACAUGUCCAUUGACAUUUACAAGACCUUCGUGCCCAUCAAGCAGACAGCCCUCACCAUGGUGUUGUCUAUUGUGAGACUCACGGCCAUGUUGAUGGCACAAAGGUUGGAGCCGCCGAGGUUCAAAACGAAGGUGGCAUCGCGUACGCAAGAAGCGUGUGUGUAUGAGACGAUGUUGGAUCUUAUGGAUCUGUACACCACCCACCCACGUUCCACCAAGGUCGGACUCAACUACGAGCUUCAGCACCUGAUGGAUGUCAAGAUCGAGAUCAACAAGAGAAUGACAGCCGAAGGCUUUCAGCGAUACAACGCCAUGUGCAAAAAGUGCACCGAUCAACCUGACAACCGUUCUGUCACGCCGGGGUCCGUAACCUCGCCAGCAACUAACAUGUCCGGGACCGGGGGGACCUCAGUUAAGCGCAAGAGGGCGAACAGCGAAGGCACCCUGCGCUUCGUGUUUGACGCGGGAGCUGCCCGCCAGGAACGAAAUCUGGCUGCGACAUAUUUCAACGACGAAUACGAGGAGUACGAGGUGGAGGUGGAAGAAGAGAUCAAGGUCCCACCAACUGACCCUCGGCAUAACGCGGGUGGCGGACGGGGCAGCCAUCACGGGCACCACGGUGGCCACCACAACAAUCGACACGACUACGGCUACCACAACAGAGGCGGUAGGCAUCCAUAUCACGAUAACCGACACAGGGGCAACCGGCGAGGAGGCGCUGGGAUGAACUAG